AUGAUUAUUAAUUCACAAGAAUAUUUACAACCACCACAAUGGUGGAAUGAAAGAGUUGAAGCAGGUAAUUUAUUAUCAAUUUCAAAUGGUGAACAAGAACCAACUAAUUAUUUGAUGACAAAUGUUGGUAAUGGAUAUGUUGCAUUUGUAAUUGGUGGUGAAUCAAUAUAUGUUGGUGGUGUGUAUAAUGGACCAGCUAUAAAUUUAGGAGAUGCAAAUAAUUUACCAUCUCAUAGAGCAGGUAUACCAAAUUUUCAAAAUAUUGAAAUCAGUAAUGCUCAAUUUCAAUAUGCAGGUUUAGAUAUAGAGAAUGCAACCUAUACUAGAGUUUAUUCAAUUCCAUCAUCACCAGGUACAAUUGUUAAACAAAUUUUUUAUGCUCAUCAAAAAAUUAGAAAUAUUUUAGUACAAGAGAUUGAAGUUGAUAAUAGUAAUAUUGAAACAGAUGUCACAUUACAAUUGAGUGUUGUUGGUAUUAAUCUUACAGCAAAUGUUGAUUUCAAUAUUUUAAAUUUAACAAAUACUCAAUUCACAGGUAAUGAUUAUCAAUUGUAUAAUCUUACUAUUAAAGUGCCAGAAGUUAAUUUUAUGACAUCAGUGGCCGUCACAACUACAACCAUACCUCAAUCAAUUACAAUUAAAAGUGGUGAGAAAAAGAAACAUCAUUAUGUCACCUCAUUUUUAACAAAUAUUGAAACAAAUGAUUAUAUCGAAGGUAGUUUAGAUAUUUAUAAAACAACAUUUCUUUUAGCUGAUCAAUUGAUCAAGAGUCAUUUAGAUGAAUGGAAUAAAAUUUGGAUAUCUGGUAUUGAAGUUGGUGGAGAUUCACAUUUACAACAAGUUGUAAAUUCCUCAUUGUAUUAUUUAUUUUCAUCAAUUAGAGAUGAUUGGUCAUAUGGUAUGUCACCAGGUGGUUUAGCAUCUGAUGGUUAUAAUGGUCAUUCAUUUUGGGAUACUGAAACUUGGAUGCUUCCACCAAUACUUUUAUUAAAUCCAAAACUUGUAAGAGAUUGUCUUUUACAAUAUCGUAUCAAUAAUUUACCAGGUGCUCAUGAAAAAGCUUUAAGUUAUAAAUCAAAUAAUUAUACUGGUUUUAUGUUUCCAUGGGAGAGUGCUUUCACUGGAAUAGAAGUUUGUCCAACUUUUGCUCCAACUGGUAUUUUAGAACAACAUAUAACAGCAGAUAUAGCAUUAGCAAUUAGACAAUAUUAUUAUUUAACAGGUGAUUUAGAUUGGUUAAUUGAUUUUGGUUAUAAAGCACUUAAAGGUAUUGCAGAAUUUUGGGCAAGUAGAGUUGAAUAUGAUCAAUUAAAUCAACAAUAUUCUAUCAAUACUAUUAUUCCACCAGAUGAAUAUGCAGUUGGUGUUAAUAAUUCAGUUUAUACAAAUGUUGCUGUUAAAAUGACAUUUGAAUGGGUAAUUGAGGUAGCAACAUUGAUUAAUGAUACAGAGAAUAUUCCAUUUGAACAUUGGUCAUCAAUUGCAAAUGGUUUAGUGAUUUUAUUUGAUGAGGUUAAUCAAUGGCAUCCAGAGUAUCAAGGUUAUAAUGGUGAAACUAUCAAACAAGCUGAUGUGGUUUUAUUAGGUUUCCCUUUAAUGUAUAAUAUGAGUAAAGAAGCUAGAAAGAAUGAUUUAAUUUAUUAUGAAGCAGUUACAACAAAUAGUGGUCCUGCAAUGACUUAUUCAAUGCAUACCGUUGCAUGGUUAGAAUUGGAAAGUCUUGAAAAUGCAACUAAACAAUGGUUUCGUUCUUAUAAUAAUUGUAAUAACUCUCCAUUCUUAGUAUGGACUGAAACUCCAACUGGUGGAGCUGUUAACUUUGCUACAGGAAUGGGUGGAUUCCUUCAAGGUCUUAUGUUUGGUUAUGGUGGAGUUAGAAUUCAUCAAGGCAAUUUGGAUUUCUAUCCUCAAUUACCAGAAGGUACAACAAGUCUUAAAAUUAGAUCAAUGAAUUAUAUAGGAUCAACAUUCAAUGUUGGUUGGAAUCAAACUACUAUCACUUUUGAAAUGUUAACAUUUAAUCCAUCUGUUUAUUUAACUUUAUUAUCAACCGAAUAUGAUAAUAUUAUUUUAAAUACAUUGGACCCAAUUUAUUUAACUUUUGGUAGUAAAUUCCAAAUUUAUUUUAAUAAUAAUAAUUAA